AUGAGGUUCGUCUGGACAGACAAAAAGGCUGCUGCUCUGGAGAAUCGUGCAGCUGCAGUGCUCGAGAUGACAGCCGCUACCGAAUCCGCGUAUCUGACUCGCAUGACCGACGAUCCUGAAGAGCCAAUGACAGCACGAACAAUUCCAAUCAUGACUCCUACAAUCCAGAUGUCUGCUCCCUCUCCGGGAGAACCGAUGGAUGUCACCACGCCGACAGACAGCUCGCCGCCGCCGCGGGCCGCUCCUUCGACGAGCAAGAGUCCCGACCGCAACACCGCUGCCCCGACUGCUGCCGAAGUCCGCAUUGGCACGGGUGCUUCCGUGUCCAACAGUCCGCCAACGGGGCCUUCAGAACCGGCCCUCAAGGCGGAACAGCAACAGCCCCUUUCAGCUGGAGCUUCGGCGUCGUCAAUACCAACUGCAGCAGCGCCGGCUGUCCACCAGCCCAAGAUCGUGCAGACAGCCUUUAUUCACAAGCUUUACAACAUGCUAGAGGAUCCAAACAUACAGCACCUAAUUUCCUGGUCGGGCACCGCUGAGAGUUUUGUCAUGUCGCCGUCGCAUGAUUUCUCCAGAGUCCUUGCCCAAUACUUCAAACACACCAACAUAUCCUCGUUUGUUCGCCAGCUGAACAUGUACGGCUUCCACAAAGUGAGCGAUGUCUUUGCCAACGGGUCCGACUCGACGACGCUGUGGGAGUUCAAGCACGGCAACGGGAACUUUAAGAGAGGCGAUCUCGUCGGGCUGAGGGAGAUCAAGCGCCGAGCCUCCCGCCACUCGCUGGUCCAUCGCGAAUAUAGCAGCCAGAAGCCGCCGCCGCCAACGUCACAGCCCGGCACGCCGGUCGAGUCAAUGUCGAUACCGGAAGGCGGCGACCCGCGGAUGAACAUUGACCAGGCCAUGUUCAACUUCGAUGCCCGGCUGCAGCGCAACGAAGAAGCCAUGCACUAUAUGCUCGUCAAGCACCAGGCAGCCAUGGAUGUGAUCGCGCGGCUGCUGCACUUCAACCAGGAGCUGUCCCGCAACAUUUUGCACCUGGUUCCGAGCAUGGACAAUCCUGUUCAUCGAGAUGUCGUUGCUUUGCAAAACGAGAUGCAGAGACAGGCCGAUAUGCUGCGCUCCCUCGACGAGCCGCACGAGCCGCCCUUCUCCGGCAGCCGGCAGUUCUUCUCGGGCAUGGACAACGCCCCGGUUUCGCCACGCCAAAUGCCGCAGGACGACCCACGCCGGCCAAACACCCUGACGGUCCCGCAGCCACGAUCAGCCAACAACUACUACCGGCCACCUGUGCCGUCCAACCUGUCUAUCAGCACCCGCCGGCCUUACGGAUCGAUUGGUGGCUCGACCACACAGUCGUCUCCGUCCCGCACACACCUGCCCCCACCGCCUCCGAUACCACCGCAUACGCUGACGGCGAUGGAGCCGCCCGCAAACAGCCUGGCACGGCGGCACACGUCAGCAGACAUCCGCGCGCAUGGCUGGCAGGCAAACGCUCCGCAUCUGAACCCGUUGGGACCAGGACCGCCGCCGCCGCAGUCACAAUACCCAUCGUCGCCAAACCGGCUGGGACCCGAAGACCAGCGAAUUCGCGAAUCCUUUUCAGCUUACUCGCUUCAGGUGGCUUCCCAGCCGCACUCACGACCGGCAACACCGCCACCGCCACCGCCAUUUAGCCAGAGCAAUGGGAACAGCAAUGGGAACGGCAACGGGAAUGGCAAUGGGCCGGAUCUGGGAUGUUGGUCAUGGGGGGCUGCCUUCAACCGAAAUGGCAGCCUCGGCGUGAAGAAUAGCUCGGCGCCUUCGACACGCCGAGGCAGUAUGGCACACAUCCUGAACCCGACAGACACAGCCGAACGCCCGGACGAGGAUGGGAGCCCCCGAGACGAAGAUCGGAAGCGGAAACGCAUGAUCUGA